CUCACAAGUCUCGUCACUAAACGAGAAUUCAACGGGACUUGGGGGAUUGAUCAACAGAUUGAAAAGAGAAAGAAUUUUAAUUAUUUUGAGAGGAUUCGACAUCAUUUUCCUCUCGAUCGUUAUACUAUGCAGAGAAAUCGUUGAGGAGAAGAGACAGGUGAGAUGAGUAAUUCUGACACUCACAUACCUGUUGUUAAGGAGGGCUAUCUCUGGAAAAGGGGAGAGCACAUCAAGAACUGGAGGAAAAGGUACUUUAUCUUACGGCAGGACGGGGCCUUCCUGGGAUACAGGACCAAACCGGAGCAUGGGCUGGGGGACCCCCUCAAUGAUUUCACAGUCAAAGACUGCCAGUUGAUGAAACAAGAGAAGCCCAAGCCAAACACAUUUAUCAUCCGGGGACUACAAUGGACAGUGGUAGUGGAGCGAAUGUUUUAUGUGGAAAGUAAUGAGGAACGCGAGGACUGGAUCGCUGCCAUUCGCUCUGUGGCGGAAAAUCUGAAAGUCACUGAAGAAGAAGGAGGGUUGCUCGAAAAAGAGAAAAAGAAAGUGUCAUUGGAUGAUUUUGAAUUCCUGAAAGUCCUCGGGAAGGGCACCUUUGGUAAAGUAAUCCUUUGUAAGGAGAAAACAACCAAUCACCUGUAUGCCAUUAAGAUUCUGAAAAAACAGGUCAUCAUUGCCAAGGAUGAAGUUGCACACACUCUUACAGAAAACAGAGUUUUACAGACUACUAAGCAUCCAUUUCUAACUCAACUGAAGUAUUCCUUUCAAACGCCUGACAGACUUUGUUUUGUUAUGGAGUAUGUCAAUGGUGGAGAACUCUUCUUUCAUUUGUCACGAGAACGAAUAUUCAGUGAGGACCGGACACGGUUCUAUGGAGCAGAAAUUAUCUCCGCUCUAGGAUACUUGCAUGAAAAUAAUAUUGUAUAUAGAGAUCUCAAGUUGGAGAAUUUAUUACUGGACAAAGAUGGGCAUAUAAAGAUAGCAGACUUUGGUCUCUGUAAGGAGGAGAUGUAUUAUGGUGCUAGUACAAAGACCUUCUGUGGAACACCUGAGUAUUUGGCACCUGAGGUGCUUGAGGACAAUGACUAUGGUCGCGCGGUGGACUGGUGGGGGACUGGUGUUGUGAUGUACGAGAUGAUGUGUGGCAGAUUACCAUUCUAUAAUCGUGAUCAUGACAUUUUGUUUGAACUUAUCUUGCUUCAACAAGUCAAAUUUCCUCGGACUUUGUCGGAGGACGCUACCUCUCUCUUAUCAGGCCUGCUGGUCAAGGACCCCAAACAAAGGUUGGGAGGAACAGAAGAUGAUGUUAAAGUUAUCGUAGCUCACCCAUUCUUUAAAAGCAUCAACUGGCAAGAUCUCGUAGAAAAAAAGAUUCCACCACCCUUCACGCCUCAGGUGACCUCUGAGACUGACACCAGGUAUUUUGAUGACACCUUUACGGGGGAGUCUGUGGAAUUAACCCCACCCCCAGCACCAGCCAUGCCAGAAUUCGAGGCUUCCAGUCACUCUCUGGACCGAAUCGAUGAAGAUAUGGCAGAAGUGGACACCCCGUAUUUCGAGAAGUUUUCCUACCAUGGCAGUAAGAUGAGCCUUGCCCAAAGUCACAAUAGCGUCAUGAGCUUCGAUACCACAUGGAGCACAUGAUUGUCACAUGAUCUGGUCACCUGACUUAAAAUAACCUCAGGACAAUUAGAUUUUGAACCCAAGCGUAUUCAUGGUAGAAAUUCAGAGAAAACCUUGUCUGUAUGACAGAAUUGUUACAAUUAUUAUAAUAGUUAAAUGAGACUUAUCUCCCAUAUAAUCCCAUAUACUGGUCAAGUUUUCAUUAUAAUCAGCAAUGCCAUAAAAUGAACUAUUGUAAAGUAAAAGGUUUUUUUCAUGCUAAUUAAAAGAAAAUAUACACAGUUUAAUCUUUUGGAGUGUGUAAUAAAUCCACUAAAGCGAAAAAUGUGCAAGAAAUAAAAAUUGGUUGUCUUUUGAAAAAUUGAUCAAUUAAAUUAUAACACAAUGACAUUGCAACUUUCAUAUUCAAGAUGUCUGAAGUGCUAAUAUAGGUUACAUGUAUAUUAUAUAUUAUUAUGAUGGAUGUCUUUCAGAUUGUUUUGAUGGGUUAUUUUUUAAUACAUUUAUUUAGAAAAGUUUUUGACAGAUUUUUAUUAAAUUCAAACAAUAUUAGUGUUUUGUUUGAUAGCUUUUGAAACCAUGAAUUUUUAUUGUGUUUGUGAUUCCUAUUUAAUUCAGAAAUGAUAUAAAGCUGUUUUAAAGUGAAAAUAUGAUUUAUUUACAUUCAUUAAUUGAAGAUCAAUGUUGUGUUCAAAAAGAGAAUCAUUUUUUAAACACUAAAAAGUGAGGUCAUUUAUUUUUCACUGGAUUAAAUCAAAUGACAGAUCAAAUCUUUUAUCAACAGAGAAAAAAACCCUGAUGUAUGUAAUACUUUGAAAGAAUUCAGUUUUACCUGAAUGACAUGUACGCAUUUUAUUUUUUAUGUAACAGGUAAUGCUUCCCUUAUAAGAAAUACUUGCACACAAAACCAACAUAGUUCACUCCAAAAAAAUUUUACAUUGUGUAUUUGUAAAUUUUUGUUAAUGUGAAAAAUUUCGUUGAAGUAACUCAAGUAAGUAACAAAUCUCAUACAUCUUCUUUUGUUCCAACAUGAGUGCCGUACUGAGACGGACAUUGUUAUUAUAAAAUAAAACGUCGCAUUCUGUCCUGUGACUUAUCAACAAUGAUCUUAGAGAAAUUUGUGCCUCUAUCAAUUCACAUGUAUUUUAAUUUGUUAGUUCUUGGUUAUGUAUGAUGAAAUUCAUUUUCCUGAUAGAGAAAAAGUGCUAGAUGAGAUCUCCUUGUCAAGUAAUUGUACACAUUAUUGACAUAAUCAAGAUUAGUUGAAAUCUUUGUAUUUUGUGAACAUCUUCAAUACAUUUAUCAGUAAAGAAUUUGGAAUAUUAUUUAUAUUAGGCUUAUAAUUAUUUUUGUAUUACUAUGUGUAACUGUAUGUUCUUAUUCUUACCCAAAAGUGGGACCUGUGGAGCAGUUUUAUCACGUUUUUGUAUAUGAUUUUAUCAAUUGUCUGACAGGUUCAGUGUACAAGUUUAAUGGGGAAUUGAAGACCAAUGUGUUUAUCUGUAGAUGUGUAUUUAUUUUACUGGCCAGUAAGAAAGAUAAUGAUUUGUAAAUAAUCUACACAAAAAUAUCUUAACAUAUAAUACAAACGUUUUGUCACAACUAAUCAUUGUUCAGCUUUUUGGUUUUUUUUUUAUUUUUUGCAAUAUAUUUGUAAUACUGGGUAAUUCAGUCUGUUAUGACAUUUAGUGUUUCAAGUUCAUUUUAUUUUUCAUGACUUUAAAAGGAUUUUCAAGGUGUUCAUGAAUGUUAUGGGUUUUUUCUUCUAAAAAUUACCGAGAUGUUUCAGAGUGCUUGUAGCACUAGUAGUUUUUUUUUUAAUUUGUUUCGAUGCUAUUGAAUCACUCCUAGAGAGAGACGGGCAUCUGGACACGAUUUACUCCCAUGUCUCAGUUAAUUACAAUGUACACACAUAUAAUGUGGACAGCAAAUGCUGGUAGGUUUUGUUUCUUAAAUUUAUGCUUUCUCUGUUAAUUGAUCAUAUCUUUGAGUUAAGCAAUUUUUGGCAUUUUAAAAGAGUGACAAAUGUUUAGUCAAAUUUGAGAAAUGAGCUAAUAUUUGCCAAACUAAAAUGAAUGAGUUUCAUAUUGCUUUAACCCUAUUUGUGUAUACAAUCUUUUCUCAAAUCUCUCAAACAUGUACAUGUACCAAAAUAAAACCAGUUAUGCAGGAAAAAUUAACCAAACACUAACCAACAAAUAAUGAUGACUUAAAAAUUUUGUGCUGAAAUUUCAAGUGCUGAUAUGCAUAUUGGAUUUGUAAAAUUGGUGUUAUAAACAUGUAUAUUAUGGUAGAAUUGUUAAAAUGUAACUGAUGGAGUUAUGACAAAACGAACAAGUUUAAUGUUCUGACUGUAAUCAAUAUAUUGUUAGCUCAGUACUGGUGGUACGUACAUUGUGUGUGAACUAACCAGACAUUGCUUGUUAUUGUAUUGGCACAUUUGUUAAAAUACAUUGUGUAAAAUUGUCUGAAAUGUUUUCUUCAGCUGACUGAUCAAUAUACAUUAAGGUUAAGUCAAUCCCCACUUUGCAAUUUACAGGGCUUAAUAGUUUGUGAGGGUUAGAAGCAGUUUAUAACUUGACUAAUGACGGUAUCCUUUUUUUUUUCUUUUUUUUUUGAUUUGUUUACAUAACUUCAGUGAACUUGUCUUUUAUCAGUGAGUCUUAUUGUGAUGGUAAUGUUCUCUUAGUAUAUGCCAGAUACAGUGUUGUUAUAUAUACCUGAAAGAACAGUAGUGAACAUUUUAAAAUUUUGAGCAUUAAUUCAUCACUGUAUGUCUAAUGCCUUUUAAAACCUAUGUUGUGAGAGCUUUUUUUAUCAGACACUCUUCAUGAACCUGUCUGUAUAAUCUAACAAUGAAUAAAGUAACAAAGGGAU